AUGUCUUCUAAAACAGUAACGAUCAAGCGUCUUCAUAAGGAGAUGAAAGAUAUUAAAAAUGAGCCACUUGUUGGUAUUUCGCUAUCCCCAGUAAAUCCUGAUUUCCCUUUUGAGUGGAAGGCUAUCAUUGAUGGCCCAGAGGGUAGCCCAUAUGAUGCUGGCAGAUUUGAAAUUAGCAUCACUAUACCACCCGACUACCCUUUCUCCCCACCACAAGUGAAAUUUUUAACUAAAAUCUAUCACUGUAACAUAAAUAGACUUGGCAACAUUUGUUUGGAUAUCCUCAAAUCUAAAUGGUCUCCUGCAUUAUCCUUACAGAAAGUCGUUUUGUCCAUAUCUUCUUUGCUCACUGACUGUAAUACUGAUGAUCCCCUUGACUCUCAAAUCGCAAAGCACUACAAGCAAGAUAAAAAUGAUCACGAUCAAGUCGCUCGUAAAAUGACUUCUGAGAACGCCCUUCCUAAAGUAACACCUAAAUCGAGCAAUACGAUUAGCUUGGACAGCGAUGAAGACCAAGACACCCAAAAUCACGCCAACAAACGGCAGAAAGUCACUGAUAAGACGCCAAUUGAAAUUGACUAG